CCACUGCCAUUCACCGUCUAUUCUUUGACUAACCCUCCAAACGCUUCCUUUCCUUUCUCUUUCUCUUUCUCUCUCUCUCUCUCUCUCUCUCUCUCUUUUUUUUUUUUUUUUUCUGUUUAAAAAGAAAAAUCCCCUAAUUCCAAACCCUAACUCUCCCAUGGAGCUUCGUUCUCGUCGACGAAUUGGUGAAUCAUCUUCCCGCGGAAAUGAACAAGACCAGGAAGAUGAUAAAAAAUGGGUAGAAGUUGAGACUUCAGAGGAAAAUUUAACCAUUUCCCAGACUAGAGCCAAUAGUGAAUCAGAUGUCAUAGUUGUGGAAGCAAGGGAUCAGAACGUAGUUGCAACAGAAGCUGAUGUUGGUGCACCAGCAGAAAAGGAAAAAACUGAAUUUGAUAUGAAGAUGGGACUGCAUCUCAAGAAGAGAUCCAGGAGUGAGAAGAGAAGAUUCGAUAUUCUGUUUCCAGCAGGCGGUAGACGAGUAAAGAAUCUUAAGAAAGAUUACCUGACUAAGCCACGUGCUUUCUAUAAUGAUGAGAUUUAUGUGCCUUCUUCAGAUUCUGAUCUUAGCAAGUCCAGUGAUGAAGGUGAAGGAUUAGAGUUUUUUGACUACGUUCAAAGACAAAAAUAUGCUGUGUCUUCACAGAGUACUGGGGAGGUUGAAUCUUCGAAGCAAGAGAAUAAUGAGCUACAAGCAACUCAAGGAAAAGGGGAUGGAAAUGGUUUGAAUCGGAAGAAGAAAACUCCAGGAAAGAGGAAAAAACAGAAGAAACAUCCAACAUUGUUGUGGGAAAUUUGGGAAGAAGAGAAUGAAAGAUGGAUUGAUGAGCAUCUAAUAAACGAUGUUGAUUUGGAUCAGCAGAAUGCAAUAAUAAGUGAGACUGCUGAUGAGCCACCGGAUUUGGUCAUGCCUUUGCUCAGGUACCAAAAGGAAUGGUUGGCCUGGGCUUUAAAACAGGAAGAAUCUGCUGUUAGAGGGGGUAUCCUUGCCGAUGAGAUGGGAAUGGGGAAGACUGUUCAAGCAAUAGCUCUUGUACUCGCCAAGCGGAAACAUUUCUGGGGAAUUGGUGAACCUGAAGGACCCUCUGGUUCAUCAACUGUUCUUCCUGGAGUCAAAUGCACCCUUGUAAUUUGUCCUGUGGUUGCUGUGAGACAGUGGGAAUCCGAGAUCAAUAGGUUUACAUCAAUAGGAAGCACCAACGUGCUGGUCUAUCAUGGAUCCAACAGAGAGAAGAGUGCUAAGCAAUUCCUGGAAUAUGAUUUUGUCAUUACAACAUACAACACUGUUGAAGCCGAGUACAGGAAGUAUAUGAUGCCACCCAAGCAGAAAUGCCCAUACUGUGGGAAGCCUUUUUAUCAGAAGAAGCUCGUAAUACAUCUGAAAUAUUUUUGUGGGCCUAAUGCUGUUAGAACUGCUAAGCAGUCUAAACAAGAGAAGAAAAAGAUCAAAGCUUCAGAGUUGACGUUGAAUCUACAUGUGGAAUCUGCUGAAGGAAAGAGCACACCGGAUGAGGCUUAUAUGGAUAAGAGACACGGCAAGAGAACAUCAUUUGAAAUGGAUUCUUCAUCAGCAGGUGUAAAUAACUUGUCCAGAGGGAGAUCCCUUUUGCACUCUGUGAAGUGGGUGCGAAUCAUUUUGGAUGAGGCUCAUUUUAUAAAAGAUAGACGCAGUAAUACUGCAAAAGCCGUUCUUUCUUUAGAGUCUUCAUACAAAUGGGCUUUAAGUGGCACUCCUCUUCAGAACCGUGUUGGGGAACUUUACUCUUUGGUUCGCUUCUUGCAAAUAACUCCAUACUCAUAUUACUUGUGCAAGGACUGUGACUGCAGGGUUCUUGAUUACAGUUCAGCAGAAUGUCCAAACUGCUCUCAUAGUUCCGUGAGGCAUUUUUGUUGGUGGAAUCGAUAUGUGGCCACUCCAGUGCAAGCACAUGGAAAUCUUGACAAAGGAAGAAGAGCUAUGAUAUUGCUAAAGCACAAAAUUUUGAAAAACAUAGUUCUAAGACGCACUAAAAAAGGAAGAGCUGCUGAUCUUGCUCUUCCUCCUAGAGUUGUUUCAUUGAGGCGGGAUAGCCUGGAUAUUAGAGAAGCGGAUUAUUAUGAGUCGUUAUAUAGUGAAAGCCAGGCACAAUUUAACACAUAUGUCCAAGCAGGAACUGUGAUGAAUAACUAUGCUCAUAUAUUUGACCUCCUCACACGAUUGCGGCAGGCAGUUGAUCAUCCUUACCUUGUUGUAUAUUCUCGAACUGCUACACUAAAAGGUGGAAGCGAGGCUGAUACUGAACCUGUUAAAAAAAUAUGUGGUGUUUGCCAUGACUUGGCUGAUGAUCCUGUGGUUACCAGUUGUGCACAUGCCUUUUGUAAAGCUUGUUUGUUUGAUCCUUCUGCUUCAAAGUUCAGAACAAAGUGCCCUACAUGUUCAAUUCCACUUACUGUUGAUUUUAUCACCAAUGACAGUGCUGGAGAUUGUACUAGUAAAACAACAAUUAAGGGGUUUAAGUCCUCAAGUAUUCUAAAUAGGAUUCAACUUGAUGAUUUUCAGACAAGCACAAAAAUAGAGGCUUUGAGGGAAGAGAUUAGAUUCAUGGUUGAAAGAGAUGGUUCUGCAAAAGGAAUUGUUUUCAGCCAGUUCACAUCAUUCUUAGAUCUCAUAAAUUACGCUCUCUAUAAGUCUGGCAUAGGUUGUGUUCAAUUAGUGGGAAGUAUGUCUAUAGAUGCAAGGGAUGCUGCAAUCAAGAAAUUUACAGAAGAUCCUGAUUGCAGGAUUUUUCUCAUGAGCUUGAAAGCUGGAGGUGUUGCACUCAAUCUUACAGUUGCAUCACAUGUUUUUCUGAUGGAUCCAUGGUGGAACCCAGCUGUGGAGCGACAGGCUCAAGAUAGAAUCCAUCGGAUAGGACAGUAUAAGCCAAUCAGGAUUGUGAGAUUUGUGAUUGAAAACACAAUUGAGGAAAGAGUUUUGAAACUGCAAGAGAAGAAGGAACUAGUGUUUGAAGGGACUGUAGGUGGCAGUGCAGAUGCUUUGGGGAAAUUGACAGAGGCUGACAUGAGAUUUUUAUUUGUGACAUAAGCUCACAGUUUUAUAGGUUAUCUGCCCCCAUAAGACUGGAUAAAUUUUGUUUCAGAUUGUAAGCAUAAUGUAUUAGCCUUGUAAACGAAAGUCAACUAGUGUAAAUAAAGCUUCUCCUGAAAUUGAAAACAUGAAAACAUUAACG